UAUAACAUGAAACAUUAUGGUUUAAUCAGAGAGUGUUUCCGCUAAUUUUCUUGAUAUGUUAUGAAUAAGAAGCCAAAGAUUGACAACAUCAUCAGUGUUUCCAACCUGAAAAAGACGGAGUUUAUAGAGCUACAUGUGCUGGUAGCUAACAGCUUAUCAUGGAGACCUGAGAGUUGGCAGGCUUACGACAGGGGCUCUUCUAUCAGCAUCGGAUUUGUCAAGGUUGACUCAGACACAUCACUACACGAUAUAAGAGCAGCACUACAUCUACAACUACGACAAGAGAACCUACCUGAACAGUAUGUUUAUUUGAGACAGAUAGGAAGAGCUUCUACCAUCUGCAGCUCCAGACAGGAACGGUCGCUGAAAGCUAAGGACUUUUCUCCCCCUUUCUAUGCUAAUGCUGAGAUCUGUGUACUGUCCGCUGAUAACAUGGUCUUUCAUACCAGAAAAAUGGGUAGACACCUACCUAAAAUAAUGACCUCGGAGAAGUCUCCCACCCCCUCCAGAAAACAUCGCAACUCGUUGAAUAUUGUUUCAGUGAAUCAGAACGGCUUGCUGCCCCCUGUAACGCCUGUACCAAACAGACUAGGUACCCACAACACAGCUCCUAUCACUAGUUUGGAGAGGAGCAAGUCUCCUUCUUUCAGAUCGUUACAAAGUUUGGAUAAUAGCUCCUACUCUAUGUUCAACAACAGUGAGUUGAUGAUGGCUGAAAUAGCGUUCUUGGAAGCGAAGCGCGCUUUGGCUGAUGCACAUGCCCAGGCGCUGCGCAACCAAUACAUGCAUAAUCAGAGUGUAAUGUUAGAGAAUGGGAUGGGAUCUGAGGGAGAGUCUGAGGACGAGGAGGCGGAGAAACAGAGAAGAGAAGAGGAACAGAGGAAGAGGGAGGAGGAGGAGCAGGAGAGAGAACGAAUCAGGAAGGAGGAGGAGGAAGAGAGGAAGAGGUUACUUGAAAUAGAAGAGGAAAAGAGACAAGUACAGAAGGAAAUAAACAAUGAAAGACAGAGGAUAAAGGCUGAGAGGGAGGAAAGGGAGAGACAGAUCGAGGAGGAGAUUCAGGCAGAGGAGGACAAAACCAGAGCUCUUUAUGAUUUAAAACGAAAAGCAGCAGAAAAGAAACGUCUUGAAGAAGAAGCAAAAAUCGCAGAAUUGGAGAGAGCCGCCAGGGAGGAAGAAGAAGAAAGAAGACGAAAAGAAGAAGAAUUACGGAGAAAAAAGGAAGAGAAGAACAAGCUCAGAAGUUGGGUUGAACAUCUGCUUCUGGAUGAGUUUAGCAAAGCUGAAAAGAAAGCAGCAGAAAAGAUAAGAAUUGAAGAGGAUUAUUAUGAAGCUUUAGCAAGAAUAAAUAACAUUUAUCAUGUAGAUGAGGAAAUCAUUGAAUAUGACAAAGCAGACGAACUUGAAAAAAUUUCCGAAAAUCUAGAGUCAGAUGAUAACAUUAAUGGACUUGAAGGGCUGACAUCAGAAGAUCUUAUAAAUGAAGAUGUCGAUGAAGAUAUAAAUAAAACAAGUGCUAAAACAGAGCUACUGCCUGUCAAGGAAACGGAUCAAUGCAUGAAAAACAAAGAGAAAGAAAGGGCUAGGUUAGCCGAGGAGAUGUUCAGAAGAGAAGAACAGAGACUUAGAGAAGCAGGUGAAAGUGAGGAUGAGGAAAUGGAUGAAGCCAUGAAGCUGAUAGAUGAUUUGACACAGACUCCCCGACCAUGGGGAGUUGAGAAGGAUCCUAACAAGAAGAAAAUAGUGCGUGUAGCUAAAGAGUACACAAAGGAGGAGUUGGAAGAAGUGGCGUAUCUGCGUGCUAAGAUAGGAACAUACCGAGAUCAUAGGACCACCAUGGAGACAAAACACAAGGACUUGUUGGAUAAAUUAUCUGAUAUGGAGAAGAACUGGGAUGAAGAUGUGAAAGCAAAUUCAAGAAUUGAAAAAGAAUAUAUUGAGCAAGAGCGACUAGAGUUUGAAAGCAAAUGGAGACCUAAGUGUAAAGACGAGGAGGUGAAAACACCACAACUAUACGAAAGAAACAGACAGUUGAGAUUGGAAUUACAAAUGCUGUACAAACAAGCAGACACCAUCAUCAGCCAUGCUCAAGCAAUGAAGCAACCUGAUGACAGAAAAGGGAUGGCGUACCCGUCACUCAAGAAUAACCUAAGGAUAAACCUGCAACGUCUUCAAAAUGAGGUAACAGAGCUUACAAAACGGAAAGCCACAGCUCAGAUCAAAUAUGAAGCUGAAAAAGGGAAUCGAGAAGGAGUCGAAAAGGAAGUUAAAUCUCUCCGACAAGAAUUGAUAAACUCCAAGAUAAGCAGCAGCGUUGGGGGGAGGUAACUGUUCGCUUCUUUUUCCAAAACAUAUCAAACCAAUUUAAGACUUUAUUGCUGGCACCAAAUAGAGUUUUGUUUACAGAUAAGUAUUAGUGCAGAUGGGAGAGUUUGACAGAAUGAACACUUAGAUUGUCUAAGCAUUGUCGAGGCCCAUGUUCUUAUCAUUUGAUUGUCGCAGUUAGAAAAAGAAAUGAAAUCGAAUGUUGUUUUUAUUUGAUAUUUUGUUAAGCUACUUCAUUGCUUAGUGCAAUCAGACUCUUAGAUUUUGUAGAAUACUUUCACGUGAUCAUAAAAGUACAAAUUUUGUUUCAAUGGUGGAAUGUGAUUUCAGCAUCCUAGCAGAUUCCGAAGUCUGAGGCUUAUCAGUUUAAAAGAGUUCAAUUUUAAGAACACAAUUGCAUGUAAUACAAGAUCUAGCAUCAACAAUUAUUAACCUAAUCGAUUAGGAGACAUAAAGUUUACCUUAAGCAUGACUUAAAACUGGGUUUUCUUAAACUUUUGAGACCGAUUGAAGGUAAUAUACAGAGAAUAUCGUUAAGUUUGUACAUAGUUUCAUUGUGUAAUUUAAUUUUGAUAUCGUAUUGUUUUAGC